AUGGGCUUGUUCGACUUCAAGCUGACUUACCAGUGGCUCUACUGGACGGCGCCCACUGGUAAAUCACCCGCCGUCCCGGAGGGCCUCACCCGACACUGGGUAGAAACGCCGUCGGGUAAGAUUGAAGUACUGUCCAACCAGGGCGCCGACCCGACGACGACAAAAACGCCCAUCUUCUUCGUCCAUGGCGGCAUGGGCAGCGCGUGGGUGUGGACGGAGUACAUGCAGUACUUUGCCAAGCACGACAUUCCUUGUUACGCUGUCUCUCUGAGAGGACAUGGCAACAGCUGGCACCCGUCGUACAUGAGAAUGGUGUACUUGACCACUAGGCAGAACCUGGCCGACGAUGCGAUUGCGGCUAUCAAAUGGGUUCAGGAGCGCCAGGGGAGCGAGGUCUUGCUUGUGGGACACUCGAGCGGCGGCGGGUUGGCCCAGGGCAUUCUCUCUGCAAAGCAAGCCCAUGUGAGAGGCCUUGCGCUGCUCGGAGCCGUGCCGGGAUUCGGAUCUUAUGGAGUCUAUGCCAACUGGGCCAUGUUUGACCCGUGGUUCGCUAUUCGCAUGUUAUUCCACGGCUGGCAUCCCAACUCACCUCUCUCCCACCCCUUCUUGGUCAAGCAAGCCUUCUUUGGCGACCAGAUGCCGGACUCUGCCAUCCUCAAAUUCCAGAAGCACGUGAACCGUUACGAGUCCUUCCUUUGGCCCAUCAGCAUGAUGAGGCCCUUUACCACGGCUGCCAGCAUCGUCAACUCGAUUAGCGGUUGGGGCAGCAGUGAGCGCAUCAUGGUUAUGGCCGGCACUCAAGACAAGAUGAUGACGCACGGCGUUAUGUCGAAACUGGCUGUUUUUUACCGGACGGCAUUCACGGAGCUCGUGGGGAGUAAGAAGCUGGAUGCAAAGGUCGACGAUAUCGAGCCCCUAAGUGGGGAAGGCGGCAACGACGACAAGGGCAGUGGGGUGAGACUUGCUUGGGUGCCGGGGGCCGGACACCACUUGCAGAACGAUAUGAUGUGGGAAGUCGGCGGCAUCUCGCACGCCUCCCAAUUCUGCCCUGAAAAUUUCGCGGGCGCAAUUGGAACCUCACCCAACCUCCGCCUUACAACAACAGCAGAACAGACCCAAGCGAUCACCGACAAAAUGGCCACGCAAACAUUCGAGACCAACGGUGUUCGCAUUGCUGUCGAGGGCUGCGGCCAUGGCACCCUCAACGCUAUAUACGCCGCCGUCGCGGCCUCCUGCGAGGCGCGCGGCUGGGACGGCGUCGACUUGCUCAUCAUCGGCGGCGACUUCCAGGCCGCACGCAACGCCGCCGACCUUACCGUCAUGUCCGUCCCCGCCAAGUACCGCGAGCUGGGCGACUUCUGGGAGUACUAUGCCGGACACCGCACGGCGCCCUACCUGACCGUCUUCGCCGGUGGCAACCACGAGGCGGCGAGCCACAUGUGGGAGCUGUUCUACGGGGGCUGGGCCGCGCCCAAUAUCUACUACCUCGGCGCCGCCAACGUGCUGCGCCUGGGCCCGCUGCGCAUCGCCGGCAUGAGCGGCAUCUGGAAGGGCUUCGACUACCGCAAGGCCCACCACGAGCGGCUGCCCAUGGGACCCGACGAGAUCAAGAGCUUCUACCACGUCCGCGAGGUGGACGUGCGGAAGCUGCUGCUGCUGAGGGAGCAGGUCGACGUCGGCAUCAGCCACGACUGGCCGCGCGCCAUCGAGAGGUGGGGCGAGGAGAAGGCGUUGUGGAGGAUGAAGCCCGAUUUCGAAAGGGAGUCCAAAGACGGCACGCUGGGCAACGUCGCCGCCGAGUACGUAUGCGACCGUCUGCGGCCGCCGUACUGGUUCUCGGCGCAUUUGCACUGCAAGUUCGCCGCGUUGAAGAUUUACAAGGACGAGUCUGCGGCGGCUACCACGACCAAGGACGAGGCUGCUCCGGCUCAGACUGCGGCGGCAGCGUCCGUUCCUCCGGCAAGAGAACCGGUGGUAGCGCUUGAUAACCCUGACGAAAUUGACCUGGACGGCGAUGAGGAGGUCACAGAUGCUCUCGCUCCGGCAGCAUCUGCGAACCCAGACGAGAUCGGUCUCGACGAUGAUGACGACGACGACGACAACGGCGAGAACAAGAACGGCCAGACCGCCACUUCUGAAAAGACAACAAGCAAAGAAGAAUCCACCGCCAAGACCUCCGUACCCGAGGAGCUCCGGGCUCAACUCCCGGCCUCGUUCAUGCGUCCCCCGCCGCAGCCCAAGAGGACGCCAGGCCAGCCCGUGCCUCCGACGAUCACAAACAAGCAGGUCAACUUCCUCGCGCUCGAUAAGUGCCUGCCCCGCCGCCACUUCCUCCAGCUCCUCGAGGUCCGCCCGCACAACGUCCCGCCCGCGAGCCAGCCGUCGCCGACGCGCCCCUUUCGCCUACAGUACGACCCGGAGUGGCUGGCCAUCACGCGCGUCUUCCACUCGUCGCUGACGAUCGGCGACCCGUCGGCCCAGCCGAGCCCGGACCUGGGCGAGGAGCACUACGCGCCGCUUAUCGACGCGGAGCGCCGGUGGGUCGAGGAGAACGUCGUGGCGCACAAGGACGGCGGGCUAGACGUGCCGCUCAACUUUGCGGUCACGGCGCCGCCGCACGCCGAGGGCGAGCCCGAGUCGGUGCCGCACCAGCCGUUCGAGUACACGAGCCCGCAGACGGCGGCGUUCUGCGCCAUGCUGGGGCUCGAGAACCUCUGGGAUGCCGGCGACGAGGAGAGGAUGGAGAGAAGGGCCCGGGGCCCGCCGGCCGGGGAGUUUAGGGGACACCGGGGCGGCGGUAGAGGGUUUCAUCGGGGAGGUGGACGGGGUGGCCGGGGACGGGGGAGGGGGAGGGGCGGCGGAGGUCGAGGCAGAGGUUGGCAUUGA